ACCACAUGUUUUAUUCAUAAAAAGUUCAUAAAAACUACUAAAGUUGUAAUAAUAGUAAAAAUGUAUGCAUUAUGCAGACAUUUUAUAGGGAAAUAAAAAGAAAGCAUUAAUAUUCAUAAAAACUGGUAUAAUUUGUCACGCUGAUUGAACUGGCAAAACAAAAUCACUACCUAUCACAAUCGUCAUGUGUUCUGCAAACAGUGCUUCCGUGUAUUUCUCAGUGAUAAGUUAAAGUUAUAAGAAAUACGUAUGUCAGUUGUACACAACUCAUUUAUACCGUUAUGCCUCACGGGUUAUCUCCCUUCAAUCAAUCAUCGCAUAACGUUUUUCGAGCCGCGAUAUCUACCAUUUGUAGUUUCAACUUGGAUAUUAUACACACAGAAGUUUCAACUUUUACGUAAUGCACACAGAACUUUCAACUUUAACGUAAUGCACACAGUAGUUUCAACUUAUAGUUAGACAGCCAGAAUAUUGGUGGCUGGGAAGUAGUGAUACAACCAGAUAAGAGGUGUCUCGAGAGUGGGACAAUCCGAUUAAUUAUGGCUGAAAUAACGUGACUUGACUUUGUAGAAUAGAUAUAAUAAGUGUGGUUGAUUUUGAUCUAUUAAAUCUGCGAGUUUCAUCAAGUAAAUUUUGCCAUAGAAUUAAUGCACGGAAAUUGAUAUAUAUCAUAGUCUAUCAUAAGUUGGAAGUUUCCUUCCCCCAGAUAAGGAAGUGAACGCAGACGUUGUGAUGUCACGCCUCUUGAAGUUACAUUUUGUAUUUCUAGCUGUAAAAACAACAGUUUUGAAAAAAAUGCGAAUGUAUGAUAUGCAUGUACCUUACAUGACCUGACUAGAUCAACUCCUCUUUGUAUCGUACACGACAGGACAAGAUCAACCCUUAUUUGUACCGUUUAUCGCACGAUAAGGUGUAUUACUAUUUGUACCGUUUAUCGUACGAUACGGUCUAUUACUAUUUGUACCGUAUAUCGCACGAUAAGGUUUAUUACUAUUUGUACCGUACAUCGCCCGAUAAUGUUUGUUACUAUUUGUACCGUAUAUCUCACGAUAAGGAUCAUUACUAUUUGUAACGUGUAUCGCACGAUAAGGUUUAUUACUAUUUGUACAGUAUAUCGCACGAUAAGUUUUAUAACUAUUAAUACCGUAUAUCACACGAUAAGGAUCACUACUAUUAAUACUGUAUAUCGCACGAUACGGUGUACAUGUAUUACUUUUUCUACCGUAUAUCGCACGAUAAGGUUUAUAACGAUUAAUACCGUAUAUCGCACGAUACGGUGUAUUACUAUUUCUACCGUAUAUCGCACGAUAGGGUUCAUUACUAUUACUACUGUAUAUCUAACGAUAAGUUUUAUUACUAUUAAUACCGUAUAUCGCACGAUACAGUUUAUUACUAUUUGUACCGUAUAUCGAACGAUAAUGUUUAUUACUAUUUGUACCGUAUAUCGAACGAUAAUGUUUAUUACUAUUUGUACCGUAUAUCGUACGAUAAUGUUUAUUACUAUUUGUACCGUAUAUCGAACGAUAAUGUUUAUUACUAUUUGUACCGUAUAUCGUACGAUAAUGUUUAUUACUAUUUGUACCGUAUAUCGCGCGAUAAUGUUUAUUACUAUUUGUACCGUAUAUCGCCCGAUAAUGUUUAUUACUUUUUGUACCGUAUAUCGCACGAUAAUGUUUAUUACUGUUUGUACCGUAUAUCGCCCGAUAAUGUUUAUUACUAUUUGUACAGUAUAUCGCACGAUAAGUUUUAUAACUAUUAAUACCGUAUAUCGCACGAUACGGUAUAUUACUAUUUCUACCGUAUAUCGCACGAUAGGGUUCAUUACUAUUACUACUGUAUAUCUAACGAUAAGGUUUAUUACUAUUACUACUGUAUAUCGCACGAUAAGGUUUAUUACUAUUUGUACCGUUUAUCGCCCGAUAAUGUUUAUUACUAUUUGUACCGUAUAUCGCCCGAUUAUGUUUAUUACUAUUUGCACCGUAUAUCGCACGAUAAUGUUUAUUACUAUUAAUACCGUAUAUCGCACGAUACAGUUUAUUACUAUUUGUACCGUAUAUCGCACGAUAAUGCUUCUUACUAUCUGUACCGUAUAUCGCACGAUAAUGUUUCUUACUAUUUGUACCGUAUAUCGCCCGAUUAUGUUUAUUACUUUUUCUACCGUAUAUCGCACGAUAAGCUUUAUAACUAUUAAUACCGUAUAUCGCACGAUAAGGAUCACUACUAUUAAUACUGUAUAUCGCACGAUACGGUGUACAUGUAUUACUUUUUCUACCGUAUAUCGCACGAUAAGCUUUAUAACUAUUAAUACCGUAUAUCGCACGAUACGGUGUAUUACUAUUUCUACCGUAUAUCGCACGAUAGGGUUCAUUACUAUUACUACUGUAUAUCUAACGAUAAGGUUUAUUACUAUUACUACUGUAUAUCGCACGAUAAGGUUUAUUACUAUUUGUACCGUUUAUCGCCCGAUAAUGUUUAUUACUAUUUGUACCGUAUAUCGAACGAUAAUGUUUAUUACUAUUUGUACCGUAUAUCGCCCGAUUAUGUUUAUUACUAUUUGUACUGGGUAUGACUGGGUGACAGGGACAUACACAUGUAAUGUGUGCGUACGUAACUGACUUAUGUUAAAUGUCGCGUAGGGGAAGUGCAUGUAACAAGCUGAAAGGGACAGAGAAAUUCUAGUGUGGCUAUACCAUGCUAUUCUCUAUUUUGUAUCUUUUCACCGAUUAACAUUUUGUUAUGAUAUUAUGAGGCAAAGUUGUUCAGAACU